AUGGCGACGGUUCCAGAUUCCCUGGUCUGGGAGAUCGUGAGGAAGAAUAACUCCUUCCUGAUCAAACAGUUUGGCAACGGCAAUGCCAAGGUUCAGUUCAGCAAGGAGCCCAACAAUCUCUACAAUGUUCACUCCUACAAGCACUCUGGCCUUGCCAACAAGAAGACCAUGACAGUGCAGCCAGCCAGUGGCAAGGAGGUUGCGGUGGUCCUCUCAACAACCAAAACAAAGAAGCAGAACAAGCCCGCCAGCCUCCACCACAAGUCUGUCAUGCGCAAGGAGUUCCGCAAGAUGGCCAAGGCUGUCAAGAACCAGGUCGGUAACAACUAUUACAGGCCUGAUCUUACCAAGCCAGCUCUUGCAAGGCUGAGCGCAGUGUACCGCAGCCUCCAGGUUGCCAAGUCUGGUGUCAAGAAGAAGAACAGGCAGGCAAACUAA